AUGUUAGAAGCCACGAUCCUUCUGUCACCUUGGAAUAAAUUAAGAAAAACAGCUAAAGGUGCUAGGUACCUUUUAGAAUUUACCCUCGUGAUGCACUUGUAUGGCUCCUGUUGUAUCUUCGUCAUCAUGAUAGCUAGAGCUUUAAAGGAGCUAGUGAAUGGAGACCAUACGAUCAGUGAUGCUGGCGAACCACCUUUGAAGGUCUACAUCAUAUCCCUGAUGAUGCCAUGCGUGGCAAUAUCGAUGGUGAUGGAUUUGAAGACCCUGGCGCCAUUUGCUCUGAUCUGCAAUCUAUAUGCUUCUCGGUGGUUUGUUCACAACCCCAGCAGUAAUGAUUUACCCAGCAAUCAUAGAACUGAUCCUCGAUUGGGAAUAUCCAGGACUUGUUCGACUACAGCCACAGAUGAUAAAAUUGACAAAGAACUGUCAAAUGUUACUGACACUAUUGCAUCUGUCGUUAAAAAUGAUGAUAUUACAGAAAUUGAUGGUCUGAUUGACAGAAAACUGUUAAAUAUUACGACUAAGGUGAAAAUAGACAAAGAUUUUGAUGAGCAAAUUGGGAAAGCGAAACCAGUGUGGUAG